UUGGCAUCUGUAUCUAUUUGAUAUAUUCAACAUUUUAUUAGUCUAAAUUAACAUUGAUCAAGUGCAGUUAUAAUAUUUAAUUUUCAUGCAUAUAUGGCCAAAAACCUGUAAGAUUAUAAACCUAAAACUGAAUAAAUGCAUCUGUAAACAGUCAAAAUAAUGAAUCAGUAUAAAGCUGUCCACUGGUAGUGGGACAUUUCUGUUAUUUUAGAAAAAUGUGUUUCCCGUUGAGAGAGCCUAGGAUCAGGAAAGAUAUUAGAAAAAUAUAUUUUCAGCUUUGUAUGAUGACUAUGUGCUUUACAAUAAUUUCCCAAUUAGGUGAGAUCAAUAAAUGGCAUCAUUUAGGCUGUUAACAUUUUUUGUGAAUGUGGUCUUAUGAGUUAGUAAAUUACAAUGAGCUAUUUAAGUGAUUUAGCUGUUAUAUGUCUCACAUGUUUUGUAACUGUGUCUAUAUGUUAUUCCAGGGGGAAAGCAGAAUAUAUGUCAGAAUCAGGGCUACUUGUUUUCCAUUUGACCCGAAAUGUUUUGGAAAUUGGGCUGUUUGUUCAAGACGGAUGUUGCGCUCGACAGAGAAAAUAAGCCUCUGCACCAAAUGUUCAGUUUUCUUCUCAGUAGGUGAGGUGUGUAGUUGUCAGUGAUCAAUUUUAUCUUGAAACUUUUUUUUUUUUUUUUUUUUUACAAAUUUGACACGUGCGAUUUGACAUUAAGACAUUUCAAUUACAGCCUGAAAUUAUUUGUUUAUUUUUAACAUGGGCAUCACAACCUCUAGAAAAUGACUUGUUGCUGCAUUGAAGUCCUGUCUUAACCUUUUUUAUUUCACAACCUAAAUUAACAUUUUAAACUAACUACUACAUUACCAGACUUCUUUACUUUGAAACCUGGACUAAAAUGUAAAAUGUUAAGCCAUGUCAUGAAAGGAACAUCACAAAUAUGUCCAUUGUUUGAAUGAAUACGCUGCCCUAUUGCGAUGAUGUUGUGUUGUGAUGAUACAGUGUUCUAUUAUUUCUAAGAUGACCUGAUACAAGUAGUGAUUAACUUGUCCAUAUUGUUGUCCCUUUGUAUUGCUCAUUGUAUUUCAAUUACAUGUAACCUGUAAAGUAUGAUUUUUAUUAAGAAUGUAAUACGUUUCUUUCAAAUUCUUAGCAGGGGUGAUAGUAUUGAGGUCAGUGAUGAGAAAAAAAAUCAGCAAUCCACUCGUUUGGGAUUGUGUAAUUAUUUGCUAUUGGAAUGAGAUUUGACCUGCUCUAUUUGCUGUGUUAUGGUGACCUGGCACUAAAACACAUUGUGGUUAUCGAUUUGGCUGCAUCUUUAACUUGUUUAUCCUUUUUUUUUUUAACCUUUCCACUGUUCCAAUUGUGCACAUUGAGUCCAGCUAGAUGUCCGAGAGCCAGACAGAUGAGAGAGGAGAUCAGAGCGAGGGACAGAGAGAGAGAGAGAGAGAGAGAGAAGACACCCAAACAGCCAGGCAGACACAAGGAUGAUCUAAUGUGUAGAAGGUGAUAGGUGUAUCCUGCUAUGUUUUAGUUUUCUUUUAGUCCCCCAUUGCCCUUGAGUUUCUCAUUUCCUCACUGAUUUGAUUUAUCUGAGUGUCUCAGGUGUAUUCAGUAACUGGCUACAAAUAGACUGUGUGUACGUCAUGCUGCGUAUCAGCUAAAUGAAACAGCUCAGUGAUAGUUUACAGUUUCUCUGGGUGUCAGCUGCAACCAGUAAAACCCCUUUUUAAUGUAAUGAAAAUGUGAAGUGAGAGGAGAACAUUUUAUAGUAGUGGACUGGAAAGUUAUUUGGGAAUCACAAUUUUUCUGUCCAUACUCCUCUUUUGCCCACUAGCCUUCCUGUCCUCCUACACAUUAGUAGAGUAUCAGAGGGAAAAUGCUCUGCUGGAAAAACAAAACCUUUAAGAGGUUGGGAGGAGUCUAUUUGAUGUUAUUUGUUUAAGCUUGGUGGGUGGAAGCUCCAGGAAUACAGCAAAGGGACUGGAGAAUAGUGGACCCUUCGAUUUGCCUGACAGGCUUUAUAGGAAGAAAGGGCUAGAGAGAGAGAGAGAGAGAGAGUAAAGAGAGAGGGGUAGCAGCACUCGUCUCCACUCCCCCCUCCCAGCAAAUGAGAGAGCAAGUCUAAAUCAUUAUGUUGCAUAUCAGUGCUGUUGUGCUGUGAUGUUGCUCAGGCAGAGCCCGGCGCAGAGCAGACAGACGUGCGGACCAGCACUCAGACCCAGGACCACAGAGCUGGAGACCCUCUCCCCGCAACGUCCCUCGCCUCCACUGCGUGCCCCACUAAGUGACAUGUACCCUGAAGAGAGCCGAGGGUCUGGAGGGGUAGCCACUGUGGACUUCCUGGAUGGAACCUACGACUAUGCCACCCCCACCCCUGCCCCGACUCCUCUGUACAACCACUCCAGCCCUGGCUACUACUCUGCUUCUCUGGACGCCCACGGACAACCCUCAAAUGGCAGCAUUCAGUCCCAUGGCAGUGGGCCUGCCAGUCCUCUGGUGUUUGUGCCCUCAAGCCCCCAACUCAGCCCCUUUAUGCACCCGCCCAGCAACCACUAUCUGGAAACCACUUCAACACCCGUCUACAGGUCCAGCGUGCUGUCCAGUCAGCAGACGGUUUUAAGAGAGGACCAGUGUGGCACCAGUGACGAGUCAUACAGAGUGGGGGAGUCUGUAGCUGGAGCUGUUGCCGGGAGCUUCGAGAUGGCGAAAGAGAUGCGUUUCUGUGCAGUGUGCAGUGACUACGCCUCUGGGUACCACUACGGGGUGUGGUCCUGUGAGGGCUGCAAGGCCUUCUUCAAGAGGAGUAUCCAGGGUCACAAUGACUAUAUGUGCCCAGCAACCAAUCAGUGUACUAUUGACAGGAAUCGGAGGAAGAGCUGCCAGGCUUGUCGCCUCAGGAAGUGCUACGAAGUGGGAAUGAUGAAGGGAGGUGUGCGUAAAGAUCGGGGGCGGGUUUUGCGGCGUGACAAACGACGGACAGGCACUACUGACAAGGACAAGGUCCAUAAGGGACAGAGAACAGUCCCCCCUCAGGACAGGAGGAAACACAGCAGCAUUUAUGGAGGAGGAAAAUCCACAGUGAUAAGCAUGCCUCCUGACCAGGUGCUCCUCCUGCUCCAAGGUGCCGAACCCCCCAUUCUGUGCUCCCGUCAAAAGCUGAGUCGACCCUACACAGAGGUCACCAUGAUGACUCUGCUCACCAGCAUGGCUGAUAAGGAGCUGGUCCACAUGAUCGCCUGGGCCAAGAAGCUGCCAGGCUUUCUGCAGCUGACCCUGCAUGACCAGGUGCAGCUGCUGGAGAGCUCCUGGCUGGAGGUGCUGAUGAUCGGCCUCAUCUGGAGGUCCAUCCACUGCCCCGGAAAACUCAUCUUCGCUCAGGACCUCAUACUGGACCGGAGUGAAGGCAACUGUGUUGAGGGCAUGGCAGAAAUCUUUGACAUGCUGCUGGCCACUGCUUCCCGCUUCCGCAUUCUCAAGCUCAAACCUGAGGAGUUUGUGUGCCUCAAAGCCAUCAUCCUGCUCAACUCUGGUGCCUUCUCUUUCUGCACCGGCACAAUGGAGCCACUGCAUGACAGCGCGGCCGUGCAGAAUAUGCUCGACAUCAUCACAGACGCUCUCAUACAUCACAUCAGCCAAUCAGGCUGUUCGGCUCACCAGCAGUCAAGGCGACAAGCCCAGCUGCUCCUCCUGCUCUCUCACAUCAGACACAUGAGCAACAAAGGCAUGGAGCAUCUCUACAGCAUGAAAUGCAAAAACAAAGUUCCUCUCUAUGACCUUCUGCUCGAGAUGCUUGACGCUCACCGCCUCCACCGCCCAGACAGACCUGCAGAGUCCUGGUCCCAGGCUGAAGGAGAGCUCGUUUUCACCUCCAACAGUAGUAACAGUAACAACAACAACAACAACAGCAGCAGCAGCAGCAGCUCCUCUGCUGGUUCCCGACUCAGCCAUGAGAGCCCCAACAAACCCCCCACAGGUCCAGGGGUCCUUCAUUUUGGAGGGUCCCGCUCUGACUGCACCCACAUCCUAUAAGAUGGAGCUCGAUGAGCAGCAUGCGGAGGUCCAAAGUCAUUUUUAUGGAUUAUGUGGGUCAUACAGAAUGAACCGGGUUUGAGAAAGAAAAAAAAAAAAAGAUUUGAAUUAAUUUCACAAGAUAAUUUACGAUUUUUCUUUUGCACGACUCAAGUUCAUGAGAAUGUGCGCUGCAGUGCAGUUCAUAUUCUCGCUGUUUCUAGCAGCUUUACAGUGUUCCGUAAUAUCGUGGCACUCGAGCAGCUAAUUUAUCGUUUAUUUGUCUCGACCAAAGUGCACUUCUUCUUGGGUUUAAGGGGCUAUGGGGGCAUUAUUUGACUUUCAAAUAACACGCUAAAUGUGAUAAAACUAGUUUAAACAUAUGUAAUUUAUUUUGUAUUUCGUUUCCCACAUUCACCAGGUCCUGUGACUUAUACGUUCACACAAUGUUGAGCUUUUGUAAAAAGUGAUGAAGUUAUGAGAUGAGCAGUUGCUGAAGAUUUGUCUCUUUCAUUUGAUCAUGUCAAAGUUAAAGGCUCAAAUUUGACAGAUGUCAUGAUGAAGGAAGCCGUCUUUAUUGUACGGUAACUUCACUCUAAAGCUCUUAUCGUAUAGAAGGUCUGGUUGGAGAUUUAUACUUACAUGCAAAGUUAUUGUUUAAUUGUGUGUGUUUGUGUGUGUGUCUGAAUGAACUCUGAGGCCAUGUGCUGUGAGGGGCCCGAGCUCAUUCAACAUUUCAACCCCAUGAAACUACAACUAGUGUCAUUUCAUCCACUUAUUACAUCAGAAUUUGUCUGGAUUUACACACAUCCAAAAAUGUAACUAUCAUGAUGUAUGUGCACACAUGUGAUUGUUGUUAUUUCAGAUUUUACCAAAUCAGAUCCAUUUGAGAAGAGUUCUACUAUAAACUGCAAAGUAGUCAUUUGUUAAAGCUGUCGUAAAAUGUAAGGAAAUCGCCACUUUUAAGUAACAUCCCAGUGCUCCAUGCACUCUCACAUCUUUGAAGCGAUGUCUCACUUUGCAAGGCUGCAUCGAAUUUAACCACCAUGGGAAUAUUAUUAGUGCAUUUCUGAUCACAGUCACCGCUGAGGCACUGCAGUAGGGCACAUUUGUUUUUCGAUGUUUGAACUGUUUCAAAUCUACGUGUUUUUUUUUAAUUAAACCAAUGCCAAUCAACAACUAUGUGAAUAUAAAAUAGAAUUUUCUGCAACUUCAUUCUCAAACUGAUUUAACCAAACUCUCUGUGAUAAGAGAAGGUGGUUAAUUAGUGCAACUUUCUCUACUUGUUUGAUGAUGUUGUUGUGUUAAUUAACUGGCCAUUGUUCUGUGUGGUCUCCAGACACAGGUUAUAGCUUUUUGAAUAAAAAAAAGGUUGAUGGUUUAUUGACGUGCAGAGAACACAGAUAUUUGUCGCGCGUGACUGAGAAGGUAAACAAAGUAAUGCAGUUACAGUGUAGUUUUAAGUUGUCGUACCUUUUCUCUGUCCCAUACAGGCGUGUAUGUGUGAAGCCUCCAUACAGGGUCGUAGAAACUGGAUUUGGCAUCUUCAACUUUUCUGUGUAAUUCCACUCGGAGCUGACCUGACUGCCAUUUGUUUACUG